AUGUCAAACGUAAAUAAUCCACAACAGCAACAACAACAACAACAACGAAAAUUACCAUUUAAUAUAAACGAAAUGGGCGAUGUUUUAUUAGAAGCAAUGCAAGGUGUUUUAUUAUGUCUUGAUAAUAAUCAUAUUAUUGUUGAUGUUUCAAAAACAGUUAAAUAUUAUAUGGGUUUUGAUCAAACUGAUAUUAUUGGACUAUCGAUAUUGUUAUUAAUUGAAGAUUCCGAGAAAGAUACAUUUUUCAAGUUUUUAACAAAUACUCAUCAACAAAUUGAUUUAUGUAAUGUUCGAAUGAUGUAUGGUUUAACGGGCGAAUAUCGUUAUGUUAAAGUUCAUCGAAAAAAAAAAGCAAGUGUCCAAGAUGAUACUGGCUCAACCACCAUUUGUACAAUAUUAGUAUUGACUCAAAAUGACGCAUCUUACAUUGACAUUAAUCUAUUUGAUAUAAAUAAACAUGAAUUUUAUACAAAAAUGAAUUUAAUGGGCGAAAUAACAUUGGAAGAUCAUAGAGGAACAUUAGUAACCGGAUAUCUUCCAAAUGAAAUAAUUACUCAAUCUAUUUUUAAUUUUGUUCAUCAAGAUGAUUUACUUGUUAAAUUACAUGCACUAUGGAAAUGUUUUACAACUGGACAAAGUAAAGUACAAUGGCGUCUAAAAACAAGAGAUGGAAAUAUUGUCUAUUUACAAACAGAAUAUAUACUUGUAUCGGGACAUAAUGAAUCAUCAGAUAUAAUUGUAGCAAGAAAUGAAGUUUUAAGUUCAAUUGAACGUACAAAAUUUCUUGAAACUCAAAAAAAUGUGAAAUUACAAUGUGCAGAAGAAAUGAAAGGUCAUAGUUCAUUUUUUAAGAAAAUUUCAAAUGAUCAACAACAAUAUAAUAAAAAUGAGAUUACAGAUUAUAAUGAACAACAAUUUUAUAAAUUAUCGAUACCGUCUAUAAAUAUGUCUCUCACAACGACAAAAAAUAAAUUAAAUCCUAUACAUGUAAAAGGAAAUAUAUUUCAUCAGAAUAAGACUGCUCGAUCAUUAAAUAUUCAAGAUUAUAUUGAUAUACUAAUUGAUGAUGAAAAAUGGAUUGAUAGUGAAUUACAUAGUAUGAUUAAUGAUAUACAAUCGUUAACAGCUAAAUAUCAUCGAACACAACAACAACCGCCACAAACUCAUAUAUUAGAAAAAUCGCAAUCAUUGAGUGAUAUAUCUGAUGCUGGUGAAAAAUCUCCGUCAAUUAAUAUUAAUAUUGGUAGUGGUACUUCUGAAACAUUAUCACAAUUAAUUUAUUCGAAAAAGAACAAUACAAACAAUAAUACUGGUAAUCUAUGUCCAAUAAUUGAAGAGACUAAUUUUUCUUCAUCAUCCUUACCAGAAGACAAUCGAAAAAAACGUGAUUCUGAUUCGAUUGUACGUGGAAUUCUGAGUAAUUCAUUGAAUUAUAAUCCAGAUAGUAAACAAUCAGAUUCAUCAACAUUAUCCACCUUGCUCAAUGAUACUAAUCCUCCUCCUCCUCCUCCUCCUCCUCUUUCAUCCGCACAAAUAGAUGAUAAUAGUUCAUCUCCAGUUCAACAGAUUCCAUUUAGUAUACGAACGGUACCACUAUCAAAUGAUCAACAACACAAUGAUGUCAUGAAACAACAUAAUGAAUUUUUAAAAAAAUAUCGUGCAGCUAAAACAAAAUUAGAACAUCAAUUACAAUCAGUUAUUUCACAAGAAAAAGAUCCAUUGAGUAGUGGAUUAAUAACGGAGUUAUCAAAAAUAAAGGCCACAACACUCAAUAAACUUUCUCAACUCGAACAGAUUAAAGCAAAACAUUUAGCAAAAACGUUUGAUACACAUCGUCACACUACAGAAUAUAAUAAUAACAAUAAUAACAAUAAUAAUAAUAAUAAUAAUAAUAAUAAUAAUCAAGGUAUUUUAAAUACGACAUUUUUGUCUUCGAUAGAUGACACAACACAGUUCGAUCCAUCUAAUAAUCCGUAUCCAAAUUACCAACAGCAACCACACAAUUUUAUGUUAGGAUCUCAACAACAAAUGUCGUUCGACUAUACUCAUCAGCAACAGCAUCCAAUGUAUUCAAAUCAACAAGCACCACCCUUUCAAUCAUUUCAGUCACCAUUUCGUUUUCAGAAUGCUUUCAAUGUAGGACAAACGAAUUACAAUUCAAUGAGACCUAACUCAACAACAGCAAAAACAUUUCAUGAGUCAGAUUCAUUUUUUCCACCACCUUCCUCAUCCAUUCAGCCACCUUCUUCUUCUUCUACUCAAAUUAUUCAACAACAACAUGUGUCCAGUGAUCAUUCAACAUCAUCGUUCAAUAUUCAAUCGUACAUGAAUGUUCAACUAUUUGGACAUCCUCAAACAGAUUUGACUCAAACAACUUACAAUCAAAAUGAUAAUAAUUCACUAGCGAAAUUAUUACGUCAAGAACUAACUGAAGAGUUUCUUAAAUUAUACGAUAGUUUUCCAGAAUGGAAUGGAAUUAAGCUUGCCAACGUUAAAGAGCAAAUUCGUCAAUUACAAGAAUUAUCUGACGUUGAAUUUGAUAAGUAUAACGUUGAACUUGAAACAAACAACAACUUGCUUGACGAAAUUGGCAACAUUAUUGAAGUAUCCAAAUCAAUGGAUUUUAAUAAUGAAACCAAUGGAAGUCAUCGCAGCAACAUCAAUAAAGCUACUUUAAUUGAAAAUGAUCUUUAUCAAGAGCAACAGCAACAAACAAGAGCAUCAAAAUCUUAUGAACCAACAAACGUAUCCCGCAUUAUAUCACCACGAAUAGAAAAGAAAAAACAAGAAUAUGAAACUACAGUAGCGAAUAAUUUAGCUUAUGAUGAAUCUUUUCCAAUCGGAUCAAAAAAUAUUUCACAGUCAUCAAUUCAAAGAAAUAAUACAUUAAAAACAAAUCCGUUUGGUUUUAAUACUUUACCAUCGAAAAAUGUUUAUUUGAAUUUAACGGAUCCACCUGAAAUGUUUACUCGACUUACGCCAACAUUACAACAAUAUCAAUAUGAUAAAAAGAAAAAUUUCAGAGAUGAAACUGUACGUGUAGAAAAGCUUGAUGAUGAUGAUACAAAUAAUUAUCCAUAUGGUGCAACGAAAAAACAUACACCUGGUUGUACGACCAAUUUGAUGCAAAAAAAUUAUUAUAAAAUGACUACGGAUGUCGAUAAAACUGUCCAAUUGUUCGAAUCAAGAGAAGAACAAUCAAAGAAAAAUCUUUACGAUGAAAAUGCAACAACAGAACAAUUAACUAUCGAUCUAGAACAAUAUAGAGAGACGAUUUCAUCUAUAUCAUCGUUUAAAACACAAGUGCCACCGUUGUGUUCACUAGGUGAUACCAUUGAACUCGUUCAACAACGACCAACAAAUCGUUCAACAACAUUGUCUGAUAAAAUUGCAAAAAAUAGUUCAAUGAAAAAUAAUCGAAGUAGUAGUACUAAUAAUUCGUCAUCAUCAACAAUAACAUCGCUUAACCAUGCACCUGAGUGCACAACGCUCUAUUUUCCGCCAUCAUCAAGCACGAUUGAUAAACAGCAAGAAUAUUCCUCUUCUGCUUCAUCAUCACCACAUGAAUCAACAUCAAGUGGUGACAGUGAUGACCAGGACGAGGAAGAUAGAAAUGAAAAUAUAAAAUUAGAAAAAUACCCGAAUAUUGCUUAUCAACGAUUGGGUGAUGAUGAUGAAAUCGACGAACACGAACAGCCAUCACCAUUAAAAAACGAAAACUGUUCACAUUUACAAUUAAAUAAUUCAACAGCAAUAAUAAAGGCUAAAGUCGAAGAUAAUUCAUACAAAACAGUUUUAACUCAUCGUACAAAUUUAUCCCCAUCACAUGAUAUUGUACGACAGCAUGCAAAACCAAUUUCAACAACAAGUGGUUAUAAUUCACACGGCUCAUCGACGACAAAAUCAUCAGAUAAUAGUGGUAGCACACGAACAGAAUCAGACAUUGAUGAAAUUCCUAGUGACGAUGAACAUCGUAGUACCACUAUUUACACGCAGAGGCAUAAUCGAGCACACGAAAUAUCGACAGUUGUCUCAAAUGCGCCUCUAAGCCAUAUACUGAAUAGAAAAACAACUACAUCUCCGCCUGUUCUUAAUAAAUCAUCGACUGAUUCUAAAGGCAUAACAAUUACAUCACCAUUAGUCUCUUCAUCGUAUCAAGAUGCGAAAAAUAAGAACACAUUCCGAUGUGUUGACCGUGAUCGACGUACACCAGGAGAUGACAAUAAUUAUAGUGUUACAGACAAUCCUCAAAUUAAUGAUAAUGAUGACAAAAAGCCAAAUCAUUUUCUUGUACCACGCUUCAAAGACACAACGGCAAAAUCACUUGAUUAUGCUCAGAAUUGUUCACUACAAAAUCCUGGCUGGCCUUCAUUGGAUUCAGGAUUUGUUCCACAGCAUGUUAUUACCACAACUGCACCAUCAACUUCAUUAUAUUCGUCUUCCACUUCAACAAACAGUGGUAAUACAUCUACUUCAACAUCGUCUAGUCAGAGAAAUUUAUCCGAUAGUAAUCAAAUUUCAUCUCGAAAUCCUAUAUCAAAUCGUACUUCGACCUUAAAAAAACGUAAACAGAAUCAACAUGAAGAACCAAUUCGAGCUGAGUUUAUUCCUGGUCAUCGCGGUGAUCAAGAAAUAGAUAAAUUACUAAUGUUUAUUGAUGGUGAUAAUAUUAAUCGUGAUUCAACAUCUGGACAAAAAAAAGACAAUCAGCGUAAUCGUCGAAAUACUACGAACACAAACCCAAAUAAUAAUAAUAGUAACAAUAAUAACAAUAAUAAUAAUAAUAAUACAUCUCGUUCGAAUACUACUACUACCACGGCGACAACAACUAGUCGUAACGUUUCAUCGUUCGAAUCUACUUUGCCUUUAUCUAAUUCGAAUCGUGGAUCACAAUCAAAACGGAAAACUCGAAAACCAGUUAAAAUUGCUAAUAAUAAUUAUGAUCAAGCACAAUCGAUCGUUGAAAAUAAUUCAACAGAAAAACAUUUAGUCGAUGAAUCUUCAAUCGGUUAUAUCGGUGAAGAUGAAGAAACGACGAAUACUUCAUCGAAAUCAAACGAACAAUCACAUUCCAAAGACAAUAAUUCUAUUGAUGAUAAUAAUAAUGACGGUAACUCAAUAAAUAAUAUAGAACAAGAAAAUGAUAAUUCAACAGUGCCUUCACAUGAAGAACAAACAAAUACUACAAAUAAUGUGGCGAAUGAUUUCACUGAAGCGAGAAUUGAACAAAAUAUUAUUGAUUCACAAGCACUAACUAUUCCAGAAGAAACAACAACAUCAGAUCAAUAUUCAUCACCAAUUUCAAAUUUAUUAUUUUCAUUUGGACGUUCAAACGAAAACGAACCAUUUGUUACUGUGACACAUCGCCGGCGAACAACAAAAGAUCGUCGAACAGUCAAUUCAAAUGAGAACAAUGAUAGUAAUUUUAGUCAAACUAUCCCACAAACACCAUCUUCAACUCGUUUACCACGUUAUCCAUUGAUAAAUUCUUCUGUUGAAAAAAAACGUACUAAUCCUAACAUGAGAAUAAAGAACGCACCAUCGAAAUAUCAAAAACAACAACAGCAACAGCAGUCGAUCAGUAAAAAUAUUAUCGAAGAUAAACAAUCGACUGAAUUGAAACAAAAUAAAAAUGAGCAACCACAAGCAUUGACACCCUCAAAGCUAAUACUAUCUUUACCGACUCUUCUUCCACCAACUUCAACACACUCACAGUCACCAACCAAUGCCACUGAUACAAAUAAUGAAACGAGUACUUCUAUAUCUUAUGUACGUUUGUCAUCCCAAUCUUCUUCGUCAGCUUCAUCAUUAUCAUCAAUGAAAAAACCACCGAAAUUAGUAGAGAAUAGCUUGACAAAACCGCCGCCACCCGUCGUUUUUUUAAACAGCUCUGGUCAACAAAUUUUAGAUGAUAUCGCAUUGUCAACAGACUUGAAUGGUUUAACAUUCGGUUUUCAUGAGGAUGCACCUUGUCUUGAUGAUGAUACAUCAGUCGAAUCAGCGAAUCAAUUCAGUACGGAUGAAGUACAGAACCUUUCAAACAAGACCUCUCAAAACGUUAUCGAUAAUCAACAAGAAGAUACUAAUCGUCAAUAUUCUUCUCAUUCCGUUCAUACCUCACAAGAAAAUCUCUCUGCUGAUCCUCAACAACAACCGAUUGAGAACGAAUCUAAUACUACUGCUUCUUCCAUUAUCAAUGUUGAAGAACAACAACUAGUAUCACCGUUGCCCUCGAUAGCUGAUUUGGAAGAUUCGCUAAGUAUUAAAUCAUUAUCAUCAUCAUCAAAUUCUGCAACAAGAAUAAAUCAUCAAUAUAAUCAUUUUUCAAAUAAUCAAAGAGCGUAUCGAAAUGCUACCGGACAUAUAAAUACUCGUUACCGCUAUAAUAAUGCGAACAAUAAUAAAGCCCAGUUUUAUACCGGAAUGGAUAUUCAUCAAAUGCGAGCUAUGCCAUUAACCGCCACAAAUGAUAUGAAUGCAACAUAUCAUUAUGAAAAUACGAAUAAUUCAAUGUCUCCAUUUCGGCAUAAUCGACGACAAAGUCAUCCACAACGUCAUCAGUCCGAUCAAUUUCAAGAACAGCGUUUCUUGCAACAAUUAGCUGUUCAAAAUGCUGCUUAUUUACAGGCAUUACGGUUAGCUGCAGCCGCUCAGCAGCAGCAAUCGGCUCAGAUUCAUUUUAAUGACUAUGCACAAACUGCACAACCUCAUUACGUACUAGUUCCAUAUGAGAAACAGGCGUAUCAACUACGAUCACAGGUAUAUUCGGAUCCAUCGAUAUUAAAUUAUGAAAGUCAGAAUGAAGAUGGUAAUAUUGAUGAAAAAACAGUAAAAGAUAACGAAAGUAUCGAAGGAGAUGAGGGAAUGAUACAACAAACGUUGACAAAUAGUACAACAUUAGAUCAGCCUUUAUUAGUUUACACAGCGAUACCGGUUACGCCGAAUGCGUGUACUACAAACGGACCUUUGUAUCCAAUUCAAAUACCAGUUUUCCCAACAGUGAAGGAUGUAAAAGCAACAGCAUCACUAUCGUCACUUUCAUCGUCAUCUUCGUCAGCUAAUGGCGGUGUGGGUCAAGUGCCGGAUGGCUCUGAACAGCAAAUGUUUACUUUAUAUCACCCAGUGUCAGCGAGCACAGCUCAUUUAUUUCCUACAUCCAUUCAAAAUGUCUAUCAAUCUUACGGUCACGCUUAUCAUCCCGUACAAGUACCUCCACCGCCAUCGCUUCAUCCUGUCGUUGUUUCCCAACCAUCAUCGACACCUCCUGCUGUUUCAACAACCGAGUCGUUAAUUGUGCCUAUGGAAGUGAGACAAUUAAGUAAUGCACCAAUUGAUAUUCACGUUGUGACACAGUUGAUAAAUACGAAAAAAUUAAUUGAAAAUAACACGAACGAUGAUGAUUCGUCUCUGUCCGAAUUACAACGACAAGGAGAAACCGAUUAUGAUAUUGAUGUUGAUGAUAAUAGAACGCUACAACAACAACAACAACAAAAUAAUUCUAUAGGUGAAUUAUCAGAUGAAAAUAAUUCUCGUAAUACGACAACGACAUCCACAACUCAACAAUCUAGUCGAAUUAUGUCAAAUGUAUUACAAAUUGUUUAUAGUCAAGAACGUGGGGAAUUUAAUUUGGAUGAUGUAACAUAUUAUCUUGCAAAUAAAUGGUCAGAAAAUGUUGACAGAUAUAUGAAAGGUAACUGUUUUAAAAUACUCUAA